UACCACACUAUAUGUGUAAAAUUAUCGAUAAGCGCUAAGAGUAUUGAAGAAUAUAUUUAAGAAAAAUGUACUCAAAACUACACAAUUGCAGCUGGAAAUCUUUACACAAACGUCUGAACUUAUUGAGUAGUAGAAACUACGCUGGUAGUGUACUAAAAAAGAAAGAAAAUGUAGCCAGUAACUUUCGACCAGGUAAAGUUUACCAUGGAUUUAUUUGCAAUGAAAUUGAACCAGUCAAAGAGUACAACAUGACAGCAUACCUCCUUACCCACGAGAAAACUAAGACUAAGUACUUACAUUUAGAAAGAGACGACUCCAAUAAUGUGUUCUCCGUUGGUUUCCGUACCACACCCCUAGAUUCUAUGGGAACUCCGCAUAUUCUAGAGCAUACAGUACUCUGUGGGUCUGAAAAAUACCCUGUUCGAGAUCCGUUCUUUAAAAUGUUAAAUAGAUCAUUGGCAACGUUCAUGAAUGCACUGACUGGCCCAGAUUAUACAUUUUACCCCUUUUCUUCUCAAAAUGAAGUAGACUACAAAAAUCUACAACAAGUAUACCUUGAUGCAGUUUUCAAACCUAAUUUAACUAGAUUAGACUUUUUACAAGAAGGCUGGAGGUUAGAACAUUCGAAAUUAGAGGACAAGUCGUCAGAUUUGGUUUUUAAAGGUGUCGUGUAUAAUGAGAUGAAAGGAGCGUUUUCCGAAACAAGCUCUCUAUUUGGUCAAAAGUUUAUAAACACAAUAUUACCAAAAGGAACGUAUGGCUAUGUCUCAGGCGGUGAUCCUUUAUGCAUUCCAGAGUUAUCACAUGAGCAUUUAAAGAACUUCCAUGCUAAAUAUUAUCAUCCGAGCAAUGCUAGAAUAUAUUCCUAUGGUAAUUUUCCUCUUGAGCAAAAUUUGAAAUUCCUGAAUGAGACAUAUUUGAGUAAAUGUGAAUUUUUAGACCCUAAGAACACCGUUGUAGCCCCACAAGAGAGGUGGAAAAUGGUGAAAAGAGCAAAUAUUCCCUGUAGAGUAGAUCAGUACGGAGGCCCCAUUGAUAAACAGAAUCAGAUUGCCUUAGGUUACGUAAUGUCUGACAUAACGGAGAUUUACGAGACAUUUAUGUUAACAGCUUUAGCCGAGUUGAUGAUUAUUGGACCCAAUUCUGCAUUCUAUAAAAGUCUCAUAGAAAAGAAUAUUUCUGGAGGAUAUAAUGCUCUAACAGGUUACGAAAAUCAAAUUAGGGAUACUCUCUUCGUUGUCGGUUUGCGCGAUGUUGAAACAUCAAAAUUUGAAACAAUUGAACGUAUAGUGAAUCAGACUAUUGAUGAAAUAUUCACUAAAGGUUUUGAAAAGAACCAUAUCGAGAGUGUUUUACACGGAUUUGAGUUGUCAAUAAAACACCAGUCACCAAAGUUUGGUCUUAAUUUGCUAUUCAAUUUAAUGCCUUUGUGGAACCAUAAUGGACCUAUAUUAAAUGCAUUAAAAGUUAAUUCAUUACUCGAUCAGCUAAAGACUAAUCUCAUGAAUCCUGCUUAUGUUAAGGAUGUUAUUGAAAAGUAUUUUAUUCUUAACAAUCACAAAUUAAUUAUGACGAUGCAGCCAGAUCCAAAAUUUGAUGAUAUAUUCAAUGAGGCAGAAGCAAAGUUAUUAAAAUCGAAAGUUAAAAAUCUAACUCCUGAGCAGAAAGAGGAAAUUUUCGCAGAUGGUAUAGAGCUUUCGCAGGCUCAAAAGAAAGUUCAAAAUCUAGACGUUUUGCCUUGUUUGAAGAUAGAAGAAAUAACGCUAAAUAAAACAGCGCCUACCCUCAAACACACGAUUUCAGGAACCAUUCCUUUACAACUGUGUGAAGCAAACACAAAUGGUGUGACUUAUUUCAAAGGAAUUUUAGGUACUGAUUGCCUUAACGAUAAACAAAGGCAUUUGCUACCGUUCUUCAAUUACGUUUUGGAUAAAUUUGAUACAAAGUCGUUUAAUUACAGAGAUUUUGACAAACAUGUCAGUAAGUGUACUUCAGGGUUGUCAUUUGUUACUCAUAUUGCUGAGCAUAUCGAUCAGCAAGAUCAGUUUGAACAAGGUGUUUUGCUCAGUAGUCAUUGUCUUGACGAAAACUUGCCAAAGAUGCUCGAUAUAUGGUCGGAAAUAUUUGAUAGACCAGACUUUGAGAACAGUGAAAGGAUGACCAUGCUUCUUACUAACUAUUGUUCAUCCCUGACGAGCGGUAUUAUCGAUAGUGGUCAUACGUAUGCAAUGCAAGCGGCGCGGUCCCUUAUAUCUUCAGUCGAUGAGUGUAAGGAAAAUCUUUUAGGUAUAAAACAUAUUAUGAAUAUGCAAGAAGUACAAAAAAAUACCAAAGUUGAAGAUAUUCAGGCCACUGUUGACAUUAUCGCCAAAAAUAUAUUGAAAGGCGAUAAUUUGCGAGCAGCCUUUCAUUAUUCUAAUUCUAACGAAAAAAUGCACGAAAUAAUAGCUAACUUUUGCACGAAAUUGUGCAAAGACGAUGCAAAUAAAGAUGUAAAUAGGAUUAACUGGACAGAUUCCAAACCACCAAAGAAAGAAAAUCGCGGUGUUCACAUAUCGAUGAAUAUUCCUGUUAAUUUCUGUGCUAAAGUAGUACCGACAGUCCCAUACACAAACCCAGACUACCCAAAACUACGUGUCUUAUCAAGAUUCAUAACAUCGAAAUACCUACACCCUAUCGUAAGGGAACAAAAUGGCGCGUACGGUGGAGGAGCUAUGUUGACAAUCGAUGGAGCAUUCAAUUACUAUUCCUACAGAGAUCCAAAUUCACGCGUCACGAUGGACGUUUUCGAUGAAACAGCGGAAUGGAUGGCGAAAAAUCAAUAUCUAGUCGAUGACCAGAAUCUUUUCGAAGCUAAAUUGUCAAUAUUACAGCAAAUGGACCAACCAGUUGCCGAGUACAUGAAGGGUGUGGAUAUGUUCUUAUAUGGUUUAUCAUAUGAUAUUUGGCAGAUGCAAAGAGAACGCGUGUUGGCUGUUAAGAAGGAAGAUCUGAUUGAAGUUUGCCAAAAAUAUCUGACAGCUGACAAAUGGGCUGGAAAAGCCUGUAUAGGAGAGGGAGCGUCUCAACAGUUGAGGAAGGACGGCGAAAAUUGGGAAACCAUUAGUGGACCUCAGGAUUGAAAAAAAUAUAACUGAAGCUUUAUAUUGUCAAGACACGUUGUUACUGCGUUAUAUAAAAAUGAUAUUUUAGAUAUAAUGUAAGAAUUUGUUUUAGGGUCUAUGUCGAAGAAAAAUGUUCCUUCCAAAAGAUUUAAACAAAAAGCCACCAAAUAGUCAUUAUAUAUAUAUAUAUAUAUAUAUUUAAGUAUAUAAAAAUUCAUUGCAUCAUUAUUGCCAAACUUUUCCACUUCAAGUCUUAGACCAAAAAAAUCUUGGCUACAACAAAAUAUAAUUUCAGAAGUGUAUGUUACUUAAUUGUAAUGAGUAGAUUAAACUAGAAAUACUGUUAUAUUAAGUAUAUAAUGUACUUAGUAUCAUAAUAAUAUGCUCGGAAUUUGUCCGGAUGGUUAUUAAGAACUUUUCAUUUAAGACACUGUUGCAUUUGCCAUUGUAUUAUUUAUUAUAAAAUAUAUAUGAAGAGUUAAUAAAUAUGUGUUUUAGAUU